UAUCGGGAUUACCUGAAGUUUACGGCCAGAGACAGAAAUGGCUGGUAUUUUUGUUGGAAUCGGGAGAUUUUUUCAUUAAUAAUUACAUUCGAAAAAUUCCUUUCGCUUCUACCGUCAACAAUUGACACGUGCAAGACUUUGUCAACUACGUCCUGUGGUGAGCGUCGUCAUUGGUGUAAUGUACGUUUAGCAACGUAUAGUUAGAAAAAAAAUUCGUCGUACUUAGUGCAAACUUUUGACGUAAAUUUCGGGGGGCCCCGCGAAAAUGUGACCCGACCCAACUAUGCGAGCAGUGUGGCCGGUUCGCGAAGUGUUAUUUACCCUGUUCCGGCGUCCGUGUUAAUAAUCGCCGCAAUCAGGUGUUUUAAAAAAUGCAACGGACUACCAUCACAUACGUUUUGUGUCUAAUUUGGCUAUGUCAGUUGUGCUUUGGUUCUAUUGAAAAGACAUCAAAAACUUUAAAAUGCAGAUGCGACAAUUGCAAAAACGGAACUUGCGAAACAGAGGGAUAUUGUUUUACUAUGGUUUAUCGGGACGGUCAACAUAAAAAAUACGGAUACAGCUGUUAUAACAAGUCACAUUACUUCCCGUUGGAUACACCGACGUUGUGCGAUGAACCGCCCGGAAUCUACAAGUCGUACGGCUGUUGCCGGAACGGGGAUUAUUGCAACGACCGAUUGAAACCGCAAUUCGCCAAUGCGGUUUACGAUUUUCAAAAUAGUAGCGGCGGCAACAACAACAAUAACAACGAGACCUUUGAAGGUGAUGGGGUGCAAGAGUCGAAAUGGGGUACUGUGCAAAUAGCAGUGGCAAUAGCUGUACCAUGCCUUGUCAUCUGUUUAGUUGUAUUAAUUUUGGUGAAAUGUUGGCAUAACAAAAGACUACACAUCCCACUGCCACCGGUUGAAGAUAGCAUGGAAGCACCGAACCUCCCCAUUCUAAAUUCAAGGGUUAGUUUGAAAUAUAUGAUUGAAAUAACUACCAGUGGGAGUGGAUCUGGUUUACCUUUAUUGGUGCAACGAAGUAUUGCUCGGCAAAUUCAACUUGUCGAUACGAUAGGACAGGGUCGUUUUGGGGAGGUAUGGAAGGGACGUUGGAGAGGCGAAAAUGUCGCCGUCAAAAUAUUUAGCUCGAGGGAAGAGAGGUCGUGGUUCAGGGAAGCGGAAAUUUACCAAACUGUUAUGUUAAGGCAUGAGAAUAUAUUAGGAUUUAUUGCAGCUGAUAAUAAAGACAAUGGUACCUGGACACAAUUAUGGUUAAUAACCGACUACCAUGAACACGGCUCUCUCUUUGAUUACUUGGGUAAAACCACUUUGGAUGUGCCCAGUAUGAUUAGAAUGGCGUUGUCCAUUUCCACUGGAUUAGCACAUUUGCAUAUGGAUAUUAUGGGCACACAAGGCAAACCUGCGAUAGCCCAUAGAGAUUUAAAAUCGAAAAAUAUCCUUGUAAAAUUAAACGGUACCUGCGCGAUAGGCGAUUUAGGUUUAGCGGUGAGACAUGAUGUUACAACCGAUACGGUUGAUAUACCGCUAAAUCAUCGCGUCGGAACGAAACGUUACAUGGCACCGGAAGUUUUAGACGAAUCAAUGAAUAUCGAACAUUUCGAUUCGUUUAAACGAGCGGACGUCUACGCUUUAGGUUUGAUCUUUUGGGAGAUUGCACGUAGAUGUAACGUAGGUGGCAUUUACGACGAUUAUCAAUUACCGUUUUAUGAUGCUGUUCCACCAGAUCCGACGAUAGAGGAAAUGAGGAGAGUUGUAUGUGUUGAAAAACAAAGACCGAAUAUUCCGAACCGUUGGCAAAGUUGUGAUGCACUUCAUGUUAUGUCAAAAUUGAUGAAAGAAUGUUGGUAUCAUAAUGCAACGGCAAGACUUACAGCACUUAGAAUAAAGAAAACUCUAUCUAACUAUAGGGCUUUGGAAGAAAUAAAAAUGUAAAAUUGUGAUGAAAAUGUUUCACCUUUGUUCGUUUGUGGAAAAUGUUAAAAUAGUUGUCUAGAGAUUUUUAUUAUCCCCCACCCCUUUUUUAAUAAUUAAAAAUAACUCGGUUGUAGGUUGGUUUUAUCGUUCCAUUUAUAUCCUCCUCGUGUUAAUAUUAAAAAAAAAUUAAACGUAAAAAUAAAAUUUAUUUUUACCAGUUUUUGAAAGAAAAAGUGAAUGUAUCCAUGAAUAGGUCGUUUUAUCGUAUUACUAUUAAUCGAAAAUGUGCUCCGUUUGUUGAUUCAACAAAUUUUAUCAGGAAAUAAUGAUCCACUGCCCAGUCCAUUCCAUUCACAUUUCACAACAUUUUCUAUCCAAGUUCUCGACAGUUUCUUGUAAAUUUAUGAAGAUAUACCAAAGUCGAUAAAAAUAACUCGGUUAUAUCAUACACUUUUUUGACGAAGAUGAAAAUAGAUAUUUAAAUCAAAUCACAUUAUUAUGUAAAAUGUAAAUAAAAUAGACGUCUCUUUGUUUAAAUAAAAAAAAACGUAUAAAUUAAUAUUAUUAAAAGAGGUAUUCAUACACAUUGUUGGUGGUUUUGUAUUUAAAAUGUGUGUGUUUACCUUUUUUUGUUAAUAUAACACUUUCUCGUAAUGAUAUGAAUAGUUUUUCAUUGUUAGUAGUUCCUAAAUAAUAUUCUGCUUAGGAUUCAAAAAUAAAAAAACGUAAUGAUCAAUUUCUAUGUUAUCGUUUUGAGGUAGAUUUAAAAUUAACUUAAAAAGAAAACAUUGUUUAAGUUAGAAAGUAAAUUAACUUUAGGUGGCUUAUGCAUAUCUAAAAGAGAAAAAGAAAAUAUUUGGUGCAUGGAGGAAAAGGUGAAUUAAACGAAAAAUAUUUGAAAAAAAAAUAUAUAUUGAGAAGACUGAUUUUGGAAGUGUUUUUUAAAAAUUAGUUAAUAAUUGGCUAAUUAGGAUAUAUUUUUUUAGAUAUCAAUAGGAGAGAAAGCGUUAUAAUUAGUUUCACCAAAUUGUACCCAGUACAAUUUAAGUUACAACAAAUUAUUAACGUUAACAAAUAUUCAAAUUGUAUUUUAAAAAGAUUACACAAAACGUUACAACAUCUUCGUUUAACAUCAAAGAUCUAAGUCACAAAUAUACAGAUACAUUCCAUAGAUUAUUAAACAAAAAUAUUUUUCAAACUUUUUAUUUAUCAUUAUUCAAACAAAAUAAUAUUGCUCAAGAUUCAUAAAUAAUAUAUCUUUAAGGUGUUAAAAAAAUUUGUUGUAACGUAUUACUAAAUAUUGUUCUCGUCUUUUUGUCAAUAUAUAUGUAAAUAAUAGUCAUAGCACUAAACAAAGUUGAGAAAUGACAAAAAAUUGAGAAAAUAAUUAAAAAAAAGAAAAAACAAGAGCCGUUAACCAAGAAUUAACGAGAGUAUUUUUAAAAAAAGAAAAACUAACAAUAGUGCUGUUUCGCAUGGUACAAAUUCGUGUCAGAGAGUUUUUAUACAGAGAUAAAAAUUUGUUGUCGAGUUUUGCCGAGCGAUGACGGUGCUUUAUCGUAGCUGGACGUUUUUACAUACACACAAAGACAUAAAUAUAAAAGACUUAUUUAAAGAUUAAGAAAAUAUUAAAUUUAUUUGUUUUUCUUUAAUCAGUCUUACAGUUGAUUCAAAAUUACAGAUACAAAUGUUUGAAAAAGAAACUGACAAAUUUAAAAAUUGUUAAUAUAUAUUUUAUACUCCACAUGAAGCGCGCCUUUUCCCUACAUUUUUUUCUUAUUAAUAUAAUCUUAUUCUUAAAAUGUUGUACCUGUAAUUCAUGAUCAUGCUGUAAAAAAAAUAGUAUAAAAUAAUCUGUGAUCCCCAUAUGUUAAUAUCGCAAAUUUUUCGAUUUUGUUAAACGAUUAGCUACGCGUAGACACCGUCCGUAGAAAAUAUAGAGAUUACGGUAUGAUAUUAGAGAAAGUCGAUAAAGAAACGAGUUUUCGAAUGUUGUAGAAAUUUACUAACCCAACUCCCUUUUCAAAUCCAUACACAAAAAAAAAGUUUCGGCUAUCCCACCGAAUGAAAUUUUGCGUUUCUCGCCUAACACUAAUAAUUAUUUAAAAAAAAACAAAGAAAAAGUUGUAUAAUUAAUUGUAUAAGUAAUAAAUACUCUAAUCUCUAUUCGUAGAAUAUAACUAUAUAAUGAGAAAAGAAAGAAUUCCUCAGGAUGUAUAUGUACACAACAAAUGCAAUAGUUCUCAUAACUUUAUUAUCAAAGUAAUAUAUUUACGCUAGUGGUUUUUACCUUAUCUUUUAUUUUUGUUAUGCCAUGAAUUAAAAUAAUAUUUGUGGCUUAACUAAUCGUUCUUACAUAGUUCCGUUUGUUUUUUUAUUCAUUUUUAUUGUACAGAGAUGUUUUUUCGUGCUUAGAUGCAAGUACCUAUUAUAUUAUACCAUUUGUAAACGUAUUUGAAAAAUAUAUUAAUCCGUAAAAAAACGA